AUGGAAAUUAGUAUUGAGACCCAUGUUCAUGUUAAAGAUAGAGAAAGAAAAUCCUGAGCUCUAUGUUUGUUGUUCCAUGGGAGUGUAAUGGCAACAUGAGUGCAUGCUUAAGGACAAAUACUCUACAUCAACUUCCUUUGUAUCUGCCUCUCCUGGAUCUCAUUUUCUUAACAAGGUUGUCUCUAAAUGGAAUGGAUGCCAUGGAAACACGGUAUUUGGCUUUCAUCAACCUCCAUUUAACAGUGUUAACCAUCUCCACCUCCAUUGUUUUGCUCUACCCUUCAUACCUAGAUGGAAACAUAUAAAAUAUAUAUCUUUGGGGCCAUUAGGCGGGUUUAUUGAAGCUGAGAAGUUGUUGGAGAAGAUAAAACCACUGUCAACAAAUACCUCUUCGGUAUGAGUGCAUGAAUCACUAUUAACUUUUCUUUACUCGUAAUUAUCAAUCCUUCUGUUGUUUGUAAGUUUUCUGAUGAUUAAUUGAUGUUAUUCAAGAUGAAACUGCUUUUGCAAAUAAGGUUACUUAAACUUU